AUUAAAGAAUAACAAAUAACCAGGUAAAGGAGGAGCAACCUGCAACUGGAACCAGUUUCAAAAAAUAAACCCCAAAAUAACAAGAUCGGAGGGACAGACGACAAGUGAUAUCGAAACCCUCCGUCCUCAAAGUUAUUUUGUUUCGAAUAAAAUAAUAAAAAUAAUCUGGGAAGCGAGAUGGAAGGACUAACAGAAGAGGAACGAAAAGCUCUCCGGGGAAGCAAAUUUGCUCCUCUUCCUUCCGCCGCCGCCGCCGCCGCCGCCGCCCCUUCCGUUUCUCGAUCCAGAUUGGCACACCCAGGAGGACCAAUGAAGACUAACAAAGCGGCGGCGUUAGCCAAGUUUCUGGAACGAAAGUCCCAGGAACCAAAUGGGUUAUCUUCUAUGAAUCCAAAACUUGUCGAAUUGGCUGUUAAAAAUGCCAAAGACACUGUUAGAGCAAGCAAUGCUUCAAAUUCUGAAAGAAGAAUCCAGCAUGUAAAUUCAUUUGGUGACUCUGAGGAUAUAGUAGAAGAAGAUGAAGAAUCAAAAGUGAAGUUAAUCAAAAAGAAGAAAAAGAACAAGAAAAAUAAAAAACAGAAGGUGAUCUAGAUGCCAAAACGGAGUCUUUUUCACAGCAAUCUUCUACCGUAUAGACAGGUUUUUGAUACCCAAAUAUUUGGUUAUUGGUUAGAGAUCCCCACAGAAAUGUGUUGUAACAUGAUUUUGUCACACCCAUUGUUUUUUGACGACAAAAAGCACCAUAUUAUGUGUUUCCAAAAUCUGAUUUAUUGCACCUGUCAGCAUCUUUGUCAUUUUCCUUGGAGAUACAUAACUUGUGUAGUGUUUGUUAAAUUGUCAUUUGAGUUAAAGGUAGUUUUGUUUGAU